CCUCUCCAGUUCUUCCUCCGCAACGAGUCUCUCUCAUUACCAGCACAAGCUUUUCCCUCUGUUUCCCCAGCACAGAGGCAUCCACUGCUGCUCCACUGAUUAAUUACUCAUUAAUUGACAGAAGAUAAUGAUGCGAUAAUAAUGUGCGUGAAUAGUUGUGUGAAUUCAGUGUUGAAUAAAUCGAAAUCAAUAUUGCACUGAUUCAACCGCUGGUUUAUUGGAUUUACUGCUGGGCAUUGGAGCACCAGGUGGGAGAAGGAAUUUGUGUUGAAAUCGUGUCGGUGGGCUGCGCAACGGCGCUGGAGUGAUAGUCUAGUGAUUUCAUUAUUUCUAUUUAUUUUAAAUAAUUUAAUAAGAAAGAUGCCGUGCUCAGCAGUGACGCUGUCUCUGGCAACCAUAACCGGCAUCAUCGCCACAGCACUUCUCUCUAUUGCCUUUGGUACGGAUAACUGGCUCUAUACCGAGGUCAAGCGUGCCCAAAUACAGCAAUAUGCCUCGAAAAAUCCUGACCAGAGUCACGUGGUGGAGCAGAUGAACAUGAAGUUCUUCUACUACACGCGGACCCAAGGCCUCUUCAGGAUAUGUUACCCCAAGGAGCGUCCACCAACUGUGCAAACUUAUCUCAGCCCUGUUGAAACCCACUGCAUGAACAUUGAUUAUUUCAUUCCUGAUGAGGACAAUGAGACCAGGGGAUUCUCGGAGGACGCUAUGACGAGACUGCACAUGGGAAGAUCGAUGAUUGCCCUGUUCAUGGUGGCAUUCCUGGCAAUAUUCUCAGCCUUCUGGACGGGUAUCGUGGGCUGCUGGCGGAGAUCUCCCGGAAAUAUCACAGCGACAGCAAUCCUCAUGCUCUUCGCCUGUCUGUUGAGUGCCUGUGGCAUGGGACUCUGGCACGGUGUUGAGUACUAUGAGAAAGAGAAGAUUGUCGGUGAGGAGUAUUAUCAACAAUGGAGCAAUGUGUUGAAGAAUCAUGUGUCACAGUGGUACGACUGGUCCUUUUAUCUAGCCUGGCUAGGUGUUGCCAUGUGUCUAGCCACAAUGACACUCUUCCUCAUAGCCGCAUCGUGCUUGAGAAAAGAACGGGCUCGAGAGCAAGCCGCUAAUGUUCAAUACAUAAUGCCAGUUUACCCACAGAAGCAGCAGUACGCUUACGCCGGAUAUCCCGCACCUGCAGCAUAUCCAGGCCCUUACUAUCACGGCUCGCAAUACGGGCCGUAUAAUUACUGAAGUGAAAAGCUGAGCUCAAUGAGGAACAAUUUUGCAAUACGAAUAACGAGGGGAAAAACAAACCUAAAAUGACCUCGGUGAUGACGUUGUCCCAGUGUAAACACGAGAGGACAACUAGUUUAGAUGAAAAGAUUGAAAAGAAGCAUAACUUUUGUAAACGACGAGGGAGACUCGAACUGAAUGAAUAAUACUAGAAAAAUAGAGAGUUAAAUGUCGAGAGAGGUCAACAACAGCGCGUUGAAUAAACAGCAAUUUUUUAUAUA